AUGCCAGAUAAUGGGACUCAGCGCAAGCUCCUGCCCGCGAAAUUUGAAUGCCUCAUGCAAUCUUUCGAAGUGAACCCGUCGACAAUAAAGCGACACAAUGUCUCUCUUGCGUGCACAGAGUGUCGGAAAAGAAAAUUGAAGUGCUCUGGUACAAUUUCACGCAUGAGAUGUACGAGCGAAGCAUGCCAGUGUACGUACGAUCCAAAAAGCGACCGUAGACGCAAAGCUCAUGGUGUUGAGCUAUUGGGUUUUGAUGUUGGACUGUGUCGAAUUGCUGCCAAACUCCGCUCUGGAACCCCCGAGGAGAUAUCAUGGUUUAUCUGGAACGUCCAAAAAGUUGUCAACGGAUCAAGAGGCAGUAACUAUUAUGCAAGCAUACUGGACAAAUAG